AUGUAUGCGGCUCCGGAAUUACGCGCAACUAAGGCGCAUAUUAGAGGGGAUGGUAGGAGUCGGGAGGAUGGGGGAGAUUCUCAGGGAAAGGGGAUAAUGGGAGGAAGUGUGGGGGGAGAGGCAAAAGCGGGGGGUAAUGUGAGUAAGAGUGAUGUGACUAAAUUGAAAGAGAUGGGGAGUGUAUCCUCGUUAUCAGACGCUCUGGCUUCGUUAAUAGCUGAAGUGGGAGGUUCAGCGGAUGCCCCCGCCACCUCUCUAGAUCCCUGGCUCAGCCUGCUCCUGGAGCGCCUGUGCCUUCGUGGAAGCUUCUUCAAGUCUCUUUUUGCUGGGCUGAGCAGGGAAUGUGGAGCAGGGGGGAAGGAGGAAGAAAGGGAGGAGGAGGGAGAGAAGGGAGGGGCAGCUUCUUUGUCUCUAAAGCAGCUUGAUGAGGGGCGGUUCAGGGAUGUGGUGGCAGUGAUUGCAAAUGCGGGUCAUGAGCGCAAGGCAUACCAGGAUGCUGUGAGGGGCUAUACGGCUCCUAGCAUUCCGGUAUCUGCUGCUGCUAGUGGUGCUAUUGCUGCUGCUCCUGGUGGUGCUGUUGGUGGUGGUGGUGGUGGUGGUGCUGCUGCUGCUGCUGCUGCUGCUGCUGAUGAUAACAGUGCCACUGCCACCGAUGCCACCAAAGACAGCAGCAGCAACCCCCACCCCACCGGAAACCCCACCCCCGCCAUCACCCCCAGCAGCAACAUCAUGAGCAGCGGUCUAUUCCUAGUCCUGCAGCAGUGCGUGACAGGCGACAGCACACAGGGCGACGAUCUCCUCAGGGAAUGGGGCCUGUGGGCCGUGCGGAACCUUCUAGAAGCCAACCCCGAGAACGCUGCUGACGUGGCGGCUCUGGAGGUGAGAGGUGGGGCGCAGACGGAGGGGUUGAGAGAGAUGGGGCUGGCUGUUGAGGUGGAUGAGAGGAGUGGGCGGCCGAAGCUGAGGAAUAUCGGGGCAGAUGAGCGGUGA